CAGGGCGAUGAUCUCUCCGCAGAUCCCUCAGAGGAAGAAGCCUCUUGGUCAAGUGGGCGGCUGACUCGGCUGGCCUCGCGAGGACAGACAAGCUGAGCCGCGACUUCAAGGUCUCCUUCUCUCGCUUGGCAAGGAGCAUCUCUGCCCGUCAGGUGUGCUCCACACCUGCUGCUGGUGAAGAAACCUAGCCAUGGCAGGGACGAGGAGCCCCAGGUUCAAGAUGAUCCUCCUGGGGGAUUUUGGGGUGGGGAAGACCGCACUCUUCCAUCGGAUCAAGCUGGGGCGUUUCCUGGAGGGAGACCACCCGCCCGGCCAGCACAGCUACACGUGCGAGAAAACCCUGCCCCUGAAGCUCAACAGCAGGAACUGCCAGGUCCAGAUUUCCCUGUGGGACACGGCUGGGGAGGAGCGCUUCCUGUCCCUGAGCAGGAGCUACUACCGGGACGCGGAUGCUGUGCUCCUCGUGUACAGCCUGCAGCACCUUCUCUCCUUUGACAGCCUCUUGCACUGGCUGUACCUGGCCAGGCAGUACUGUGCGGAUGCCAAUCUCUUCCUCCUGGGAAACAAGAGUGACCUGGAGAGCUGCGUCCCUGAAGAAAAGGCUGAGAGGUUUGCAGUGGAGCACGGCGCGUCCGGCAGGUUCAAGGUGUCGGCCAAGACAGGUGAGAACGUGGAGCGCAGCCUGCAGGAGAUGCUGGAGAGGCUGUUCCUCAGGAACGAAUUCCAGCACAGCAGCCUCCAUCUCCCGCUGCAAGAUGCAGGCUACGGCCAAUGUGGAUGCUGAGCGUGGGAGAGCCUCCUGCCGCAGCAUUUUAGAGGAUGCUUCAGGUAGCCUUUGGUCUCAGGUAGCCUUUCUCCGUGCGUUUGCCGCAUAUCGGAUCGGGACAUUUGCCACUUCCUCGGAGACGGCUGGGCUAUAGCAGCCGCCUGUGUCUGACCUGAAGAGUCUCUGCAGCAUAUUCUGCUGUGGCGCUGGUACCCUUGGCUGGAAGUCACCUUGGUGGGCCAAUGAUAUUCCCUCGCUUCACCUCCAGUAAUGCUUCUCUUUGGAGACCUGUGGGCCAUUUCUUACACGAUGCCGAGCUGAUGAACUGACCCCACUGUGGACAGGCAACCAACUUCUGGGAACUGCGGCUUCUGAGCUACUAUGGGAUCUGGGGGGGGGGUGU